CUUUUGGUUUCCCUCAACAACAAACACUACCGUGUCCAAUGUUCCACUUCCUUGUUUGAAUGCAAUCUACUUUUUCUGUUUCAAUUUCAAUUUUCAUCCCAAUCAAAUAAAUACAAUUCCAACCUCAUUCAUUCAAUUUUUCAACCUUCAACUUCAAUACUUUGUUUCACAUUAACAAUAACAACAUCAUGCUUAGAUCGCUUCCAAAAUUCUCAAUUAUCUUCUCUUCAACCAAAAAUUCUCGUUAUCUUGCAAAUGCUACUCAACGCUUUAUAUCUUCAGGUAGAACAAGGAGAAUAAUUACAAGACCCACUUCAAGAGUUAAGAUUGGAGUGACAACGGCUGUUCCUAUUCGAUGCAUGUCAACGGCGGCAGAUGAUCAAGUUCAACGGGUUAAAGUACUAAAAUCAACCGAUGAUAAGUAUGGCGGCGUUAUUGUGGAGCUGGAUCAGCCUAUGGAUUCGACUACAUUCGUCUCAAUUCUUAGAGCUUCGAUUUUACAUUGGAAGCAGAUGGGCAAGAAGGGAGUUUGGAUAAAAUUACCUAUUCAUCUAGUCGGUCUUGCUGAAGGCUUAGUUAAGGAAGGUUUUUGGUUUCACCAUGCAGAACCAAAGUAUUUGAUGCUUGUGUAUUGGAUUCCUGAAAGUCCAAAUACUAUUCCUGCAAAUGCCACACACAGGGUUGGCAUCGGUUCAUUUUUAAUGAAUGAAAAACACGAGGUACUAGUUGUUCGAGAAAAUAGUGGACUAUUUCAGGGAACAGGAGUCUGGAAAUUUCCUACGGGAGUUGUUGAUCAGGGAGAAGAUAUUUGUGUAGCAGCAGUAAGAGAGGUCAAAGAAGAGACAGGAGUUGAUUCAGAAUUUCUUGAAGUAUUAGCAUUCAGACAAAGUCAUAAUUCAUUCUUUGAGAAGUCAGAUUUGUUCUUUUUGUGUCAUCUGCGGCCCCUUUCUUCUGACAUCCAAAUGCAGAACUCAGAGAUAGAGGGUGCUCAGUGGAUGCCAUUUAUGGAAUACGCGGCUCAGCCAUUCGUCCAAAAGAGUGAUAUUUUGAAGUUCAUAAACGAUAUUUGUUUGGCUAAGAUCGAUGGGCAAUAUUCUGGAUAUACACCUGUAUCUACAUUAUCAAACUUCUCAGAGCAGCAAAAUUAUAUGUACUUGAAUGCUGGAGCAUUGAAAAGGUCCAACUCUUGAAAAGCAUUAGCAAAGGUUAAACAACUAGAUAGGAUAUUCAAUCUCUGUUACAUUGUGAUGUUUGAUUCAUUAAAUGAACAAUGUUGGUCUUCAUCGGGUAAAUCACAUUGAUUUACCAUUAGCACUGGUUUUGUCAUUGAAAGCAAUUGUAGUGGUAAUCAAAUUUAGUUUUUUAAACAUGGUUAGAGAGAAGUUAAACAAUCAAUAAAGUAUACAUGGUCAUUUUUGUGGUAA